UUUAUCGCUGCCUGCACAAGGUUUGUCCUAUUAGGCGCGCCAGGGUACUCUGCGGCUCCGGAACGAGGGCGGGGCCACGCUAGUAGUUCCGGUUCGGCUCCAGCCGCCCCUCGGCUCCUAGCCUUCCCCCUCCCCUCCGCCUUCUCCCCUCCCUCCCGCUCCUGGGAAAGAGAGAAACCACCGCUGCGGGUGGGUAGAGAAGCAGUCGGCGCCUCGGGGAGGGGACCGGGCCCGCCUCAUUUGCGCCUUGCAGCACUGCUGGAUCAGGUUACAAGAUGUUCAACUAAGCCUGAGACCUAGUGACUACAUUUCCUACGGGAACAAAUCAAUGGUUUUUCAUCUCCCGGAGAUACAUUAGAAACAAAUAUGGUGCUAAAAGAACUCCUUACCUUUCUCUGACUACAAUUUAUUUGGACAUACUUUUGUAUUGAAGAGAGGUAUACACACUGAAGCUACUUGCUGUACGGAGACUCUGUCCUGUAGGAUCAUGGACCAUCCUAGUAGGGAAAAGGAUGAAAGACAACGGACAACUAAACCCAUGGCACAAAGGAGUGCACACUGCUCUCGACCAUCUGGCUCCUCGUCAUCCUCUGGGGUUCUUAUGGUGGGACCCAACUUCAGGGUUGGCAAGAAGAUAGGGUGUGGGAACUUCGGAGAGCUCAGAUUAGGUAAAAAUCUCUACACCAAUGAAUAUGUAGCAAUCAAACUGGAACCAAUAAAAUCACGUGCUCCACAGCUUCAUUUAGAGUACAGAUUUUAUAAACAGCUUGGCAGUGCAGGUGAAGGUCUCCCACAGGUGUAUUACUUUGGACCAUGUGGGAAAUAUAAUGCCAUGGUGCUGGAGCUCCUUGGCCCUAGCUUGGAGGACUUGUUUGACCUCUGUGACCGAACAUUUACUUUGAAGACGGUGUUAAUGAUAGCCAUUCAGUUGCUUUCUCGAAUGGAGUAUGUACACUCAAAGAACCUCAUUUACCGAGAUGUCAAGCCAGAGAACUUCCUGAUUGGUCGACAAGGCAAUAAGAAAGAACAUGUUAUACACAUUAUAGACUUUGGACUGGCCAAGGAAUACAUUGACCCCGAAACCAAAAAACACAUACCUUAUAGGGAACACAAAAGUUUAACUGGAACUGCAAGAUAUAUGUCUAUCAACACGCAUCUUGGCAAAGAGCAAAGCCGGAGAGAUGAUUUGGAAGCCCUAGGCCAUAUGUUCAUGUAUUUCCUUCGAGGCAGCCUUCCCUGGCAAGGACUCAAGGCUGACACGUUAAAAGAGAGAUAUCAAAAAAUUGGUGACACCAAAAGGAAUACUCCCAUUGAAGCUCUCUGUGAAAACUUUCCAGAGGAGAUGGCAACCUACCUUCGAUAUGUCAGGCGAUUGGACUUCUUUGAAAAACCUGAUUAUGAGUAUUUACGGACCCUCUUCACAGACCUCUUUGAAAAGAAAGGCUAUACCUUUGACUAUGCCUAUGAUUGGGUUGGGAGACCUAUUCCUACUCCAGUAGGGUCAGUUCACGUAGAUUCUGGUGCAUCUGCAAUAACUCGAGAAAGCCACACACACAGGGAUCGGCCAUCACAACAGCAGCCUCUUCGAAAUCAGGUGGUUAGCUCAACCAAUGGAGAGCUGAAUGUUGAUGAUCCCACGGGAGCCCACUCCAAUGCACCAAUCACAGCUCAUGCCGAGGUGGAGGUAGUGGAGGAAGCUAAGUGCUGCUGUUUCUUUAAGAGGAAAAGGAAGAAGACUGCUCAGCGCCACAAGUGACCAGUGCCUCCCAGGAGUCCUCAGGCCCUGGGGACUCUGACUCAAUUGUACCUGCAGCUCCUGCCAUUUCUCACUGGAAGGGACUCCUCUUUGGGGGAGGGUGGAUAUCCAAACCAAAAAGAAGAAAACAGAUGCCCCCAGAAGGAGCCAGUGUGGGCAGCCAGGGCCUAGUGGGUCAUUGGCCAUCCUCGCCUGCCUAAGGCUCUGAGCAGGUCCCAGAGCUGCUGUUCCUCCACUGCUUGCCCAUAGGGCUGCCUGGUUGACUCUCCUUCCCAUUGUUUACAGUGAAGGUGUCAUUCACAAAAACUCAAGGACUACUAUUCUCCUUCCUCCCCUUAGUUUACUCCUGGUUUCUACCCCACCCUCAACCCUCUCCAGCAUAAAACCUAGUGAGCUAAAGACUUUAUUUGCAGAAGGAGAUCAAGAGGCUGGGGGUAAGGCCAAGAAGGUAGGAGGAAAAUGGAGACCUGGGCUGGAGAAGAACCUUCUCCGUGUCCCAGGUGUGCCUGGCAGUAUGGUUUCCUCUUCCUCUGUGCCUGUGCAGCAUUCAUCCCAGCUGGCCAUGGGGUUCAGGUUCCUUCUUCCCUCCCUCCUGUGAAGUUACACUGUAGGACACAAGCUGUGAGCAAUCUGCAGUCUACUGUCCCUGUGUGUUGGCGUUCUUAGCUUUUUUGACAAACUCUUUUUUCCAGGCGGUAGUAGGACAAUGAAAAUUGUUCUGAGCAAAGGAAAGAAAACUGACUUUGUUGCACUUUUAGUUUUUUUAAAAAAAACAAAAACAAAAACAUGGCAGAUGCAUAUUGUGUCUGGUUAUAUUGGGGGUUUCACUUUUACCUGUUUUGAGGGGGAUGGGGCCAGCCAAGCCAUUCAGAGAGAACAUGGGUCCAGAGGACAUUCUCAGUGGAAAGAGUUUGAUCUGCACCACCCAGAAGAGAAGCCAAACUCGGUGUCAUUCUGAGUGAACACUCAGGUUGGCAAGAAAACAUACUUGAAUUUUCAUUCAUCUUCUCAGCAGCUGAAGAAUGUCCCUACCAGAGCAUCUUGACCUAAUCAGCUUACAGUUUGAAAACCUAGCUCUCCAGCACAUGAGAUGAGCCAGCCGAACCAGACUGUGACCAGGAAACAGCUCAUCCCAGAGAAGGAGAUGCUUAACAAAAAAAAAAUAAUAAUAAUGAAAUUGUUUCCUCUGCUGCCAGGGACUUCCAACUAGAUAGCCAUGUGAUUUCCUGGUGACUUGGGGGACAAAUUAAUGAUGAAACAGCCACCACCAUAUUGCCAUUAGUGGAAAAAAAGAGGAGGACAGUGAACCUACCUUCCACCUGCCAGAGGGACCUCGGGGUGUGGCAUUAUAGGGCCAGGAAAAGAAAAUCAGUGUAUCCUAUCUCCCCCAAUAGCUGAGCUGUAGCAUUUGGGCUGGCCUGCCUUAUCAGAAACCAAGCUUAUGAAGAUCUUCUCCCAGCAGGUCCAUAGCAGUAGGCUUAGGAUGCAGUAUAUGGGGCUGCAUUUAAAAGGAGGGAAAGAUUGAUUGGUGCUGGAAUAUUCCAGGGAAAAGGAAACUGGAGUGAAAGGUCUGAAAUUAUCUUCUCAACUGGACAUAGACUCCUUCCAGAAAGGUGGCCAUGCCUCUAAGCAUGUUUUCCCCAGUAUGCCCUCGGCCUCCCCCCGUGGUGUUUUCAUAGGAGGUACUACUGUGAAGGAUCUUGGUUCCUCAUUCACUGUUUGACAAGUCUUUCAUGUGGGAAGUUACUCUUCUCAUACCAAAUUUUCAUUUGAGUUUAGUAGCUUAACCAAACAAUGACUGCCCAUUCCAGAGGUGACAGAAGAGAAAGGGUCAUUUACAUCAGGAAAGAGGUCUUGUAUCUGGGAGUAGAGAGCUAACCAUGGAGCACAGUGGCUGGUGGGUGACUUAGUCUGAUGGUUUGUGGAGCAUAGAAGUCUUCGCCUCUAGCUUGAGGUGUAGGGCUAUCUUUUGGACUGGAAGGUGUGGGGAUAUUUUCUGGUAGUUGCCAUUUCUUGAAAAAUUCCCUUGAUGUACCUUGCACAGAGCAGAAAUAGCAUUAACAGUAUCAGAGGUACUGGGCUUCAUCUGUUCCUUUGGAUCUUGGCUAGGGAAUAUCAUUUCACUUGCAUCAAACCUGCUUAGCUUAUGGAAAGAUGGUAAUAUGUCAUUUCUAUAAAUGUUUCUAUAUAUGGAACAUAGAGUGGCAGGGAGAUGCAGUAUCACACCCCUUCCCCACAAGGACUGUGAAUAUUGGGAUUUAUGUCCUUGCCAUUACCUAGUGGUUACAGCCAUGUCACUAAGAUUUACAUCAUUUCUCAGUUGGGAUUUCGGCAAUGCUAACUUACUGUAUGGAAAGUUUAACUUUUCCUCACCCCUGUAUAGAAAAUGCCUUGCCUCUCAAGAGAGGGCAGAGGGGGGCCAGGCGCAGUGGCUCAUGCCUGUAAUCCCAGUGCUUUGGGAGGCUGAGGCGAGUGGAUCACGUGAGGUCAGGAGUUCGAGACCGGCCUGGCCAACGUGGUGAAACCCCAUCUCUACAAAAAAUACAAAAAUUAGUUGGGCGUGGUGGCAUGCACCCGUAGUCCCAGCUACUCGGGAGGCUGAGGGAGGAGAAUCACUUGAGCCUGGGAGGCAGAAGUUGCAGUGAGCCAAGAUCGCGCCACUGCACUCCAGCCUGGGCAACAGAGUGAGACUCUGUCU